AAUGAAGACCCACCAAUCUCAAACCCCAACGCUCCAAAAGUAAGACCCGAGAAAAACAGUUACCAAAAACCAAAAAGCCUCCGCAAAUGAGACUCGUCAUCCUCGCCGCCGCCGCCACCGUCGUCCUCCUCCAGGUCUCGGCCACCGGGGCCGGCAUUACGGUGGCGGUGGUCGGGGGGUGGAAACCGAUAAAGAACCUCAGCGACCCGUACGUGAAGGAGAUCGCCGAGUUCGCGGUCAAGACGCACAAUGGCGAGGCCAACACGGGGCUGCUGCUGAAGAGCGUGGUGAAGGGCGAGACGCAGGUCACCGCGGGGACGAACUACAGGCUCGUCGUCGAGGUCAAGGGCGGGGCGGACGCGGGGAGGUUCGAGGCCCUCGUUUGGGACAAGCCGUGGGAGCAUUUCAGGCGUCUCUCGUCGUUCGAGGCCGUUCACGCCCACGUUUGAGGUCGUCGUUUUCGUC